AUGCCUACAAACCCGCUCUUACCGAAAUCUAUAGUAGGCGUUUCUAAGGAGCCCGAGCCGAAAACUCGCGGUGCAAACAGGUCUACGAAGGUCGCCGGCAAACUCAAGGUCCUACCAGACCAACCAACAUCGUCUACCCAAAGCAACGUUUUGCCACGUCCAGAUGCUGAGGAAAGUCUAGGCACAACAGGAGAUACGGAUGACGGGGAUGAUGAGGACGAGGAUGAGUCAGAUGAGGACGAAGACGAGGAUGUCGAAAUACGACUACGUCAAAUCUCCCAAAUUCCGCAGGGAACGGCACGAAGAGAUGCACUGAGGCUGACAAAGAAAAAGGCGAAGUCAUUACCUCGUGUAACGGCAUAUGCGACGGCAAGUUCCUAUCGUCUGCAUGAACUUUCGAAGUUUUUCAAUGCCCGGAGGGCAUCCUAUCUUGCAGACCCCAAGAUUAUUGACGAUGUUUUGUAUACUCCUUACGCAUAUGAACCCCAAGUCAACCAAGAAACAAAUGCGAAAUUCCUCCCGGCGAGUGGGGAUUUGUUAGGAAUCCCUGAACUAAAUCCCCUGGUCUCUGAAGCGGAAGACCAUGGGCUCACCUCUAAUCGCAAGAAGAUCAGCAAAUUUCACACUGUUCCAACCGAGGCCGAGAUUUUCAUUUUCGCCUACGGAACAGUCGUCAUAUGGGGAAUGAGUGAAGCCCAAGAGAAACGUUUCUUGUCCUCCAUCAAGCGUUUUGAAGUUGAAAGAUUGGCACCAGACGACAUUGAAAUGGAGGAUCUGAAUUAUUACUAUGCAAACUACAGUCGGAUAUACAAUGAUGUCAUCACCUUGCGUAAGGGAUCUGGUUACAUGACAAAGCUCUCUCUAUCGCACGCACUGUCUCAGUCUGUCAAGAUAUCCUUGUUCGAGGAGCUUAUCUCGAAUACUAUCGAAGACACGAAAGAUAUACCCGAAACAUUGUCAGAGACAGGCAAGAUCGGCAUACCCCAUAAAGAAAUUAUGCGCAAAACCGGGGAGUUGUUCAUAUUACGGACUAAUAUCAACUCUGUAGGCUCUGUCUUAGACUCUCCGGAAGUAUUCUGGAGCUUUCCCGAUCUCCAACCGUUGUAUGAUGCCGCGCGGAGUUAUCUGGAGAUCCCUCAGCGAAUCAAUCUCCUAAAUACACGAGUCGAGGCUAGUUUAGUUCUUCAAGAUAUGCUCCAACUUCUCAAGGAGUCUGUAUCAAGUAGGCAUGCAGAACGACUUGAACAGAUUGUCGUUGCUCUUAUUGGGAUUGAAAUCGUACUUGGCAUUAUCACCAUUCUCGUGGAUCUCAUGGCUUGA